AUCCCCAGACUUUCCAAAGCCAAAAUCCCACCUCCCUCCUCCGAUCCCCCCUUCUUCCUCCUCUCGUUUCUUGCGGCCGAGGGGAUCGUGGAUCUAUCGAUGGCAGCAAUGGGUGUGGGCGGAGCUGUGAAGAUGAUCUGCGGGACGAAGGUGGAGCGGGUGGUGGGCACGGGUAAGGCGCCCGGCGCGUGCCCGUCCUGCGGCGGCCCCGUGGUGGCCACGGACGUGGAGAGCGAGCGGCGCAUCCUCUGCCUCCCGCUGUGCCUCAAGAGCAAGCGCAAGUACUCCUGCACCCGGUGCUUCCGCCGCCUCGUCACCGUCUACAGCUAGUAGCUCCUCAAGCUUCUUCCGGUACUGAUCUAUUCAUCCGUCGAUCGGUCGGCUAGCGACGUGCGAGGCCAAUCAGUUAAUCGUCCCGGGUUCUUUUGUUGUUCUUCUUGGCCGUGGUUACGGCCCUAGAGCAGCUUGCUAGCCUGGCUAAUGUAAUGUAAUGGUGAUUCUGUGUUAGUUCCAGUUCUUCAGUACACAAAUGAUAAUCGUAGCUAAUUUGGUGGGCGCGCAUCACGUGGAGCGCUG